GCGGGGCCCUGGAGAGCGCCCCCCGCCGCCGCGCCCCGCGCCAUGUCGGGGCCGCCGCUGCAGGCUCCCAAGCGGCCGGAAGAGGCGCCCGGCAGCGCCGCGCAGUGCAUUGCAGGCUGUAUGUACCGAGUAGUUCAGACGACUGGGCCAGAUGGAAUAAACCUUCUGAAGUUGCUUCCAAUUUCUAAAUCCUCUGGGAAUUUUGUGCCAAUUCUUCCGUCUACAGUCAGACCUGAUCCUGCUAGAGCGAAUAUACCACAGCCACUUCAUGUUACUUUUAAGAGACCGGUUGCUAAUACUCCCACACCCUCAACUGUCAAGAUACCUGUUUUUCAGACAACUAAUCCUGGAAAGAUUAUUCUUACAAGGGCAUUGGAUAAACAGGAAAAUCUUAAAGUGACUUCUGAGAGAGAGAGCUUAACUACAAAAACUGUUCCUAUCAUUCAAAGUAAUCCUGUUUCGGUUGAUAGACUAUCUUUGCAAAAUAUAGCUGUAUCAGCUUCACCUAACCAGAAUAAUUCAGUUUCGGUGGAUAGAUCAUCUUCGCAAAGUAUAGCUGUAUCAGCUUCACCUAACCAGAGUACUUCUGUUUCGGUGGAUAGAUUAUCUUUGCAAAAUACUGCUGUGUCAGCUUCAUCUAACCAGAAUAAUUCUAUUUCAGUUGAUAAACUAUCUUUGCAAAAUACUGCAGUGCCGGCUUCAUCUAAUCAGAAUAAUUCUGUUCCAACUGAUAGACUGUCUUUGCAAAAUAUAACCAUUCCAGCUUCAUCUAACCAGAGUAAUUCUGUUCCAACUGAUGGACUAUCUUCGCAAAAUAUGACCAUCCCCGCUUCAUCUAACCAGAGUAAUUCUGUUCCAACUGAUAGACUAUCUUUGCAAAAUAUUACCAUCCCAGCUUCGUCUAACCAGAGUAAUUCUGUUCCAACUGAUAGACUAUCUUUGCAAAAUAUUACCAUCCCAGCUUCAUCUAACCAGAGUAAUUCUGUUCCAACUGAUAGACUAUCUUUGCAAAAUGUUACCAUCCCAGCUUCGUCUAACCAGAGUAAUUCUGUCCCGGUUGAUAGAGUACCUUUGCAAAAUGUUGCUGCACCAGCUUCAUCUAACCAAAGUAAAACAGCAUAUAUGUUUGUAAAUUCAAGAAAUCUUCCAGUGACAGUGAAGUCUCCAGUACUGCCCUCUGGACAUCACCUACAGAUACCAGCUGAUGCAGAAGUUAAAUCUGUUCCGGCUUCUUCUUUGCCGCCUGCAAUACAGCAGAAAAUACUGGCAGCUACAGGUACAAAUGCCUCUGGAGCUACUGAAGCCACAAAAACACCAACUGUUAUUUAUGUAUCACCAGUAAAUACAGUAAAAACUGUAGUGCCCAAGCGUUUGCCUGCCAUUUGCCCAAAACCUGUCACAGAAGUAUCAAAACCAUUAAUCCUCACAACUGCACAAACAACAGUAAACAGUUCUGUUCCAGGAGUGGUAACUUCGAAUGGCCAACCACCCCAGCAGCCUCCAAUGAAAUGGGUUGUGCAAGAAAAUCCAAAGUCAGCAGCACCUUGUCUUGUUCCAGUAAAGUCAUCAAAUAACAUGGCAUCAAAGAUCUUGAAAACCUUGGCAAAUAUGAAGAACGUAGGAAUUAACUCUGCAAAUAUUUUACCAACAUGUUCUAAUAGCUCUAGCGGAAGCCAGACAAAAAUUACUCCUAUUAAAGAUAAUGCUCUGGUGAUGUACAAUGGCAAAGUCUAUUUGCUGACCAAAAGAGGGUCUGAUGUUCUGUCAGCCCAAGUUGAUACUGUCACCCCCUCUACUGAUGCUCAGUUUAGAAAGGAGGCAACCCAGUUGAUUGACUCAAACACAGUUGAUAAAAUAACCAAUAAAGUGGUAAAUUUAGUGUUGUCAAAAAGUAAAGGAAUUGUAAUUGCUCCAAAGGAUCCCAAAACAUGUAUAAAUACAGAAUCUGUUCCACCAUCUAACUUAAAAAACAGCCCCGAAACUGUAACCACUCUUCUUGCAACACCAAAUGUUAAUCAGCCUAGUGCCUCUAUAAACCAGACUGAGGCUUUGCCCACAACAGGAAGCAUUUCAAGUGACCUAAAUCCUCUUCUAAAAGUGGUGACAGAUGAAAAUACGAGCAGUGGCAGCAAAGAGAAGGAUAGUUCUCCUGCGGCAACUACUGCUGUAGCUCAGCCUAAGCAGCAUUGUGAUUCCAGCAAAGAACAGAAGAUCCAGAGUGAGAAGGUUUGCUCAUCAGAAAAGACUGUUCAAAACAUUUGCAAAAGGGAACCAUAUCGGAAACAAUACCUUGAGCUAAGAAAGAAAUUCGGUCUCUCUAAAGAGGAGAGAGUAUAUCUAAAGAGAAUCCCUUUUGGGAUCUCUCCUACAGGAUCUAAAGCAAGUGUAUCCAGUAAUAACUUAAAGAACAAUGAUUCUUGCAGUGCAUCACCACUAGACAUGGAGGUAACAACUAGGAAACAGGAAAAUGCUGAAGAGAAAAAGAUAAUUGUAGACCUGGAACAAGAUUGGACUAAAAAAAGAAAAGCAAAGCCCUUCCCAGUGCCAGACAAUGCAAAGAAAAAGAAGACAGCCAUCAAUUCACUGACAAAUCCAAGUCUUGAAGAUGACAGCACCAGUUCCAUUAUACUCAGCAGAAUUACUUCACAGCAGAAAAAAUUCCCUACCUCUAGCAAAUCCUCUUUAGGGAAAGACUCUGAGCAAGAUCCACGUCCUCAAAAUAACCAAGUUAUGCGCUCAUGCAGUCCAGUUUUAGUUUCUUCAGGUGAUGAGGACAACGAUGAUGAUUCAGUUAUCAGAGGUUCUUUCAGAGAAGAUGCUUUCCCUUUGCCUCCACCAGACUUAGAUGAAACGAUCAGAGAUGAAAAAAUAAAACGGCUCAAACAGCUGUUACGAGAGCGAGAGGCUGCUCUAGAAGAACUGCGUAAAAAGAGGCAGCAGACAUGAAAAAACAGACUUGUCAUCUGGUCCAUAUUUACAUAAACUCAGUUAACUUCAGUGACUUCAUGAAGAAGGGAAUUUGUUUUACUGCCUCUGAAAGUUUAAAAUGAACAUAAAAUAAAUCUCCUUUCCUAAUAGAUAGAUAGAUUCUCUUACAGUUUAAGUGUAUAUAAAUGAGAAAUAAACCCCAAAGAUCAGGAAUAAAAGAAUUGCGUUUUCCAAGAUUCUGCUUUUGGAGAGUCUGUUUAUAACAAAGAACCUAUUGUGCAGAUAAUAUGCUACUUUAACAGUGUAUUCUCUAGCCUUUAGAGUGAAAGCUUUCUUUAUUUAGUGUUAGAAAAUAAAUGUUUGGGAUUUCAAAGCCUGUUUUUUUUAGAAAUGGAAUGUGAAUUACAGACAUUAACUGUAGAUAUCUUUUGUUAUUGCAUGUUCAUGUGAUGUCCACAGAAAUGAACUUUAAAUUGUCUUAAUAUUUUAGUGGUCAAUAUUUAAAUAAAGAUGAUUUGAAUGAUC